CUGGUUGUUUUGAUUUGUUGGGAAACUACUUUCAGUUUUGUGGCGUUUUCAAAAGGAAUUAUAAAAAAACUGUAUAAAUUAAUAUGCAAGCAAAAACUGUCUUUGAAAGGCUGCGUCAGUUUGACGCAUAUCCUAAAACUUUAGAAGAUUUUCGCGUGAAAACAUUUGGUGGAGCUGCAGUGACGGUUGUGAGUGGCGUGUUGAUGUUGGUUCUGUUCGUGUCGGAGUUGAACUACUACUUAACGAAGGAAGUUCACUCGGAACUGUUUGUCGACGUCUCACGCGGACAGAAACUCAAAAUCAACAUCAAUGUGAUAUUUCACAAAUUACCAUGUGCAUAUCUCAGUAUCGACGCAAUGGAUGUGUCUGGUGAACAGCAGAUAGACGUCGAUCAUAAUUUACUAAAACAACGACUCGACUUACAAGGGAAAUUUAUUGACGAAACACCAGAAAAACAAAAUCUGGGUGAGUCAACACCAGGCCAAGCUGUACAAAAUGUUACAAAGUCACUCGAUCCCGCCAGAUGUGACAGCUGUUAUGGAGCAGAAAGUCCAGAGUUAAAGUGUUGUAACACGUGUGAGCAGGUGCGCGAGGCAUACAGGAAGAAGGGCUGGGCAUUCAACACCCCGGAGAACAUCGAGCAGUGCAUUCGCGAAGGUUGGUCCUCCAAGAUGAUCGCUCAGAAAAACGAGGGCUGUAAACUCUUCGGCUACCUAGAGGUCAACAAGGUUGCUGGCAACUUUCACUUUGCUCCAGGGAAGAGUUUCCAACAGCAUCACGUGCACGUGCAUGACUUGCAGGCCUUUGGAGGACAAAAGUUUAACAUAACCCAUACGAUAAACCAUUUAUCGUUUGGUAUGGACUAUCCUGGCAUUCUGAACCCUCUUGAUGAAGUGAACCAGAUUGCUGAUGAAGAUCAGAUGAUGUUCCAGUAUUUUGUAAAAGUGGUUCCUACUAUUUACACUUAUAUUGGUGGAAAAAUUUUAUAUACAAACCAGUAUUCAGUGACGAAACAUUCCAGGAUUGUUUCCCAAGGUUCCGGGGAGAAUGGGCUACCGGGAGUGUUCUUUAUGUAUGAACUGUCACCAAUGAUGGUUAAAUAUACAGAAAAACAGAGAUCCUUUAUGCAUUUUCUAACUGGUGUUUGUGCAAUUAUAGGAGGAGUGUUUACAGUUGCUGGUCUUAUUGAUUCCUUGAUAUACCAUUCAGCACGUGCCAUUCAGAAAAAAAUAGAUCUAGGAAAAGCGUCCUGAGCAUAAUAAAUCCACAUUUAGGUUUUUUUUUUUUUAUGUUUGUAUGUGUAUAUUUACAUUUAAUGUUUGUUUGUCAUAAUUUGUAUUUAUGAAUAUGUAUUAUUUUUCAUAUUGACUAACAUGUACAGUUCGCAAACCAACGGUAAAAACAACUAGUUGUGAGUGAUAAAGUAGAUGGUUUCCAGCCUUGAUUAAUGUGUACAGUUCACAAACCAACAGAAAAGUCUACUAUAUGUGGGUUUUCAGCCUUGACUAAUGUGUACAGUUCACAAACCAACAGAAAAGUCAACUAUAUGUUGAUUUCCAGCAUUGACUAACGUGUACAGUUCACAAACCAACAGUAUAAAACAGCUAUAUGUGGAUUUCCAGCCUAGACUAAUGUGUACAGUUCGCAAACCAACAGUAUAAAACAACUACGUGGGUUUCCAGCCUCAAAAUUCACGCGAAUCUCCGAAUCCGAUUCGCGCCAGGAUUUGCGCAAGCAUAAAACAUCCGAAUCUGUUUGGAUUCGCGUGAAAUAUUUCCACAAAUUUAUUAAAUUGAAUAAUCAGUGAGUAAAACGUUACAAAAUUAAAAA